AGCGGAUAGAGCAGAUAAAUCAGUGUGGGACUCGAUUCGAGUUCAUUUUUAUAUGUUGGCAUUGUCGACUUUGCGGUGUACCAGCAGGAAUCAUACAUAGAAAAGACAAGGACUCCGCGACAAGAGCCAGACUAUUCCUUAUUAUCAGAAAUAAUGCUGAUAUCUGGGACUCAUGUCGGAAGUCGUGUAUGAAGAGACAGCCACGAUGAUUGCCGCAGGGGAAUUGCAGUCGUUUGUCCCAUUUGGCCGUGAGCACUGCAGGAACCAUCCCAACGCCUUUAGCCUGCAACUUCGACAGCUGCAGCCUGCUUCUGAGCUCUGGUCCUCAGACGGGGCUGCUGGGUUGGUGGGCUCCCUCCAGGAAGUUACUCUUCAGGAGAGAGAGAGGGAAAGCUGGCAGCUGAGAAAGGGAUGUGUGGGAGAUGGGGAGGAGGAGGUGGAGUUUGAGGAGGAGCUGUAUUCCUCAGGAAACAUGGUCAUCUGGACCCAAGGCAGCCGCUCUCAGGCCUCCAAUGUAUACAAGGCCUUCACUGUGGACAAUACAGUGCAACAGGCCUUAUGGUGUAACUUUACUGUUCCUCAGAAGAAAAAUGAUGAAGAGGAGGAAUUUGAGCAGACUGUGUGUAUUGUUCAGACCACCUCUAUCAACGUCCACACUGUCACAGGGAAGGAAUUCGUUGCAGCGCUGCCCUUCAGGGUCACCAGUCUGUGGGCAACAAAAUUUGGCCUGUUGUUGGAACGCAAAAACUUAGCCUCUGAUGCACCCCUCUGCCCCACAGGGGAAACGCUUCCUACAUUGUUCAGCAUGCUGCAUCCUAUAGAUGAGAUUGCACCUGUGGUCUGUAAACCUUCAGGUGUGUUUGAGGGCUCUAGUGUGCAGUACCUAUCAGACAGCUCCAUGAGAAUCGUGUUCAGCUGCUGUCAGCCUUCCAUAGUGGUUUCCUAUGACACCGUCCAGGGAACACACUCCAUCUGGGCCCUGCGCAAAGUCACGCAAAAUGAGCGCUCUGCAGUCUUGCGAUGUACGGUUGAGUCAACUGGCACCACGUUGGGUAUUAUGGCUCCAAGCCUUUUCGCCUCCUACCUCCACAACAUAUCCCGCCUUGACUCUCCCGGGGGCAUUUAUGGAAUGGGACAUGUUCCAGGCACUGGUGCAAGCUGUGGUGUUGGUACAGACUCACCUCUCAACUUUGGUGCUCUGCACGGCCAUCAAUGCUGGAACAUGACACCCUCACCAGGAUCCCACUCCCGGGCUCACUCCCCAAGCAUAUCCAACAUGGCUGCCCUCAGUCGCUCCUAUUCCCCAGGUAUGGCUACUCCUUUUUUUUCCGGUGUCUCUCGUUUCAACGCGUCCUUCCAAAGUCCAUCCCCAAGGGGGCACCAGUACAUGCUACACUCCCCUAACAACACCACCAACGAGUUGCUACCGGUGCCUCAGCUGGAGCCCAUUAUGCCGGACCUCUGCAUGGAGCAGCUCUGGAGUGAAACAGUCACUGCUGGCUCCAGCAGGGAGAUGAGUAGCCAGGCAUCUAAAGUGUUCCUGAUCACCGACUUUUGCGAGAACCACUAUCUGUGUUUCCUGGUGGAAUCUCAUCAGCAGCUAAGAUGUGUGAAGUUUAUCGAGAGCAAUGAUGCCUCCCAACUAAUCUUUGCCUCGGUUACAACCAUUCCCGCUAAGGAUGCAGAGCCGUUGGAGGACAUCAAUGCCAUGCUGGUUUUAGAGGCCAGUGGGAGCUUGGUUCUCUACACUGGAGUCACCAGGGUGAGCAAGGUGUUUGUCGCAGGCCUCUUCUCCCCCACCUACAGCCUGUCUAACCACACCACACAGCCCAGCACCUCCAUGGAUAGCGUCAGCACACCAACCUGCCCUGGCAGACACAUCUACAGGCUGGAUGAGGCUGCCAUGCCCUCCCCAUUGUCAGAGCUGAGAGAGCCAAACACAAAACACCAAGAGGCUUCCUGGUUGGACCACACCGUCCAACAAGACACGCCCUACCUCCAUGCCCUUCGUGACCCUGUCUGCAACCGUGUCACAUUGGAGCUAAGCAAUGGAACAAUGGUGCGAAUCUCUAUCCCUGAAAUCGCUACCUCUGAGCUAGUGAGGAAGUGCCUCUUAGCAUUUCGUUUCAUCCUGCCCAAAGAUACUGCAAUGAAGGUCCUGGUGAAGUGGUAUAACAUCUAUAAUGCCCCAGGUGGACCCAGCUCACAUGCCGAGUGGAAUCUUUUCGUCACAUGUUUCAUGACUCUUAUGGGAUACAAUACAGAGCGGCUGACAUGGACACGCAAUCUCUACUUUGAAGUGCCUCUCUCUCCGGUGAUUGCAGCCAAGAAGGCUAGACCCUCUGAGGGGGGGUCUGAUGAGGACUGGGACUAUAUACUGGGGUCUAAUUACCACCGUCAGAUGGUGUCCCAGCCUGCUUGUGGUCCAGAGGACUCACCCUUCAGCACUACUUUCAAAGGGGACUUUGGGGCAGAACCGCUCUCAACUGUGUCUUCUCCAUCCAGUCCCUCCCAGAGGUUGGAAAGCUCGGCUCCUCUCUUCCCCCAUAUCCCUGCCCUCUUCUAUGUUCUUCACCUGCUCUACCAGGAGCUGCAGCUGGAUCAGCUUCAGAGAGCUGGCGCUCGGUCUCUAGUCUGUGUGCUGCAACAACUGGCCCGAGACCUCCAGUUAGAUGAGUAUGUGGAUCUGUAUUGGAGAGACUACCCUCAAUUAAUCAGCAGCUUCUCGGAGAGUUGCCUUAUAGACCAGGCCCAGAUUGGCCAGAUGCAACAUCCAUCAUUCUUGAGGGUGGAGCCUCCCGUUGUGUUUGACUGGCUCAGCAGUUGUGUGCGAGGGGAGAAAGUCCAGCCCUUUCCUUUUCUAAUGGGCAUCUGUGAGAGGACCAGGCUCUUGGCUCUGAGUUAUGCUCUCUACGUUGUUGGAGACGAGUAUGCCACCUCAAUUAAUGUGUCCAAAUACCUGGCCAAACUCUCUGUAGGUCAGAAGUCCUCUUGGGGUGAACCAGCCCAUAGAAGACAGAGCUGUGUUGAGGUUGACUCGUCCGGAGAGAGUCUGGCAGAGAAGCUGGUGGUCUGGCUCACCUCAGAAGGUUUCACGCUGAAAGACCUGGAGUCUGUCCCUUUUGGUGUCGCUCUGCCAAUCAGAGAAGCCAUCUACCGUUGCCGGGAGCAGCCGUGUUCUGAUUGGUCGGAAGAGGUCUGUCUGCUGAUUGGACGGCAGGAACUAACCAAACAAGCCCAUAAAAUGACCCCGACAAAGGGCAAAACUUCUGUAGGUUCAGGCCUGACCCUGGAGCCUCCCACCACCACGGAGGCAGAUGAGGAGGAAGAUGGGAUGUCUGACAUUAUCCAGGAGGUGACGGGGUUGAUCUGGAGUCAGGAUCUGCGGGUCCAAGAGGUUAGGAGGCUCCUUCAGAGCUCCAGGCCAGUCCGAGUCAGCGUGGUCCAGCUGCCAGAGGUCUCAGACCAUGAGUAUAUAGAGGAGAAAGAGAACAAACUUCUCCAAUUAUGCCAAAGGACCAUGUCUCUCCCGGUAGGCCGAGGCUUCUUCACCCUGUUCUCCUACCACCCUGUACCAACUGAAUUGCUGCCUGUACCCAAACUGAACCUCACAGGUCGCGCCCCUCCUCGAAACAUCAUGGUGGAUCUCAACAGUGGGAACAUCGAUGUUCCUCCCAACAUGACCAGCUGGUCCAGUUUCCAUAAUGGAGUAGCUGCUGGACUCAAGAUAGCUCCUGCUUCACAGGUGGAUUCAGCUUGGAUUGCCUACAACAAGCCGAAGAGUCCUGAGCUGGCUAAUGAAUACGCAGGCUUCCUUAUGGCCCUCGGCCUCAAUGGACACCUCACCAAGCUGGCCACACUCAACAUACAUGACUACCUUACCAAGGGCCAUGAGAUGACCAGUAUUGGGCUUUUGCUGGGCGUGUCCUCAGCCAAACUGGGCACUAUGGACAUGUCAAUCACCCGCCUGCUCAGCAUACAUAUCCCCGCUUUGCUACCACCGACUUCUACUGAGCUCGACGUACCACACAAUGUACAGGUAGCUGCUGUGGUUGGCAUUGGGCUGGUGUACCAAGGGACAGGACACAGGCACAAUGCGGAAGUCCUUCUAGCAGAAAUCGGUCGGCCUCCAGGUCCAGAGAUGGAGUACUGCACAGACAGAGAGUCCUACUCACUAGCAGCUGGACUGGCCUUAGGCAUGGUCUGUCUGGGGCAUGGAAGUAACCUGAUAGGGAUGACAGACCUGAAUGUUCCAGAGCAGCUUUACCAGUACAUGGUGGGGGGGCACCGCAGGGCCCAGGCUGGGGCCAACAGGGAGAAACACAAGUCCCCCAGCUACCAAAUCAAGGAGGGUGACACCAUCAAUGUGGAUGUGACGUGUCCAGGGGCUACACUGGCUCUCGCCAUGAUCUACCUCAAGACUAACAACAGGUCUAUUGCUGAUUGGCUGAAGGCUCCUGACACCAUGUUCCUGCUGGACUUCAUCAAGCCUGAGUUUCUGCUACUGAGGACUCUAGCAAGGUGUAUCAUCAUGUGGGACGAAAUCCUACCUAAUGCUGAGUGGGUCACCAGAAACGUGCCUCAGAUAAUCCAGGAGAACAUAGGCAACACAGCGCUGUCAGAGGACAUGAACAUGGAAACACUGGCUCAAGCUCAUGACUACAUCAUCGCCGGGGCCUGCAUGGCAGUAGGGUUCAAGUUUGCUGGCUCGGCCAACUCGGAAGCAUUUGACUGUCUCUACAAGUUCGCCAGGAGCUUCAUGAAGUGCCUGACCUCAGUUACAGCUGCAGUGACAGGUCAUUAUAACCUGCAAACGUGUCUGUCCAUGGUUCUGUUGGCUCUGUCCAUGGUAAUGUCCGGUUCAGGGAACCUGAAGGUUCUGCAGCUGUGCCGGUUCCUCCACAAGCGGACCAGUGGCGAGAUGAACUACGGCUUCCAUAUGGCCCAUCAUAUGGCACUGGGGCUGCUCUUCCUCGGAGGGGGGAGGUACACCCUAAGCACCUCCAACUCCGCCAUUGCUGCCCUACUGUGUGCGCUGUACCCCCACUUCCCUGCCCACAGCACAGACAACCGGUACCACCUCCAGGCUCUGCGUCACCUCGGGGUUCUGGCUGCUGAGCCCCGCUUGCUGGUUCCAGUGGAUGUGGACACCCUGAAGCCCUGUUACGCUCUCUUAGAAGUCACCUACAAGGGGACCCAGUGGUAUGAGGAGACAACAGUGGAACUAAUGGCGCCUGCCAUUCUGCCUGAGCUGCACCUCCUCAAACAGGUUAAGGUGAAGGGGCCACGUUACUGGGAACUUUCUAUCGUCCUCAACAAAGGAACCCAACAUCUCAAGUCCAUCUUGUCCAGAGAUGGGGUGUUGUAUGUAAAGCUUAGGGCAGGCCACCUGCCCUACAAAGAUGACCCCCAGGGCUGGAAGAGCCUGCUGUCCUCUACUGUCAACAAGCGCUCCUCUGAAGUCAGAGCCUUCAAGCCUGAGGCCAUUUCCACCUUAACCUCUGACCCUUCCCUGGUGUCCUUCGCUGAUUUCUUCUGUAAAAAUUCAGACAGAGUGAAACAGAGAGAGGACACUCAGACAUUGUUUUCGGCCAUGCUGUUUGAGUGCGUGACCCAGGAGAAUCCAGACAUGCUGCCCACAUACAUCGCUAUUGACCAGGUGGUGCGUGCUCUGCAUAGAGCACAUUUUUCUCAGACCUUCGCUCUGUGGCAAAUGCGCUUGGUGCUGGAACUGUGUGAGAGAAGAGUGCAGCAGGGCCAAGCCAGCGGUACCAGUGCCCAAAGCAGAAGUGCCCUCCUCAGCUCCGAGUUCCUUCCUGUCAUGAAGAACACAGCAGACGUAGCACUAGACAACUGGCUCCAAGACAACAUGUCAGUGCUGAGGGCCUACAUGAGGGGUGAGGACACCCGGUCCAGCAUGCUGGCAUGCUUCCUGGUUUACCACUCUAUUCCUUGCCUCAGGAACAAGCACAGUCAGAUCGAAGGGAGCAGGUCAUUUGGGGAUUUGUUACUGAGUUGCAGUCGGCUGGGUAUUCCUCUCAGAGACCUGCUCAGACUGACGCCAGUGCUGCUGGGUACGGGGUCUGGACCACACACCCUGCUGGGUUUUCCGCAGCAUGUGUACUGAUGCAGCGGUUGUUCAGAUAGCUAAUCUGAUUGGUCAGAAAUGGGUUUCGACUAUGAAGAUAAAUUCCAUUGCUAGUUUCUUAUUUGUUAGGGUUGAGGUUAAAUCAUGGCUGAAUAAACCACUAGGGGGGAAACACUGAGAGGACAGUCCAUUUUUCUGUUACAUCAUCUUGUCUUUAGCUGUUACCCAGUUUUUGACAAGAAAAACGAGAAGCUGUUCAGUACCCCAUAUCUCAGUGAUUGAUGACAGGACUGGCUUUUUUUUUUUAAGUUGAGGUUGAGCUCAGAAUGAGUCACGGGUCUUUCUCUUGGGGUUUCCCACAUGACCACAAGCCGCUUGUCUUUCAUUAAAUCUGUAGUGAUGAGCUAGAGUCCUAGCCAUGUGAACCAGGUGUCGCAAGUCAACCAUGUUGAUAUUUCGAGAGAUUAGAUAUGGCCUACCUUUCAUCUGAGAGAUUUUGUAAAAAGUUGGCCUGUCCAAAAAAUGGUCGCAUCGUAGAGAUUUAUCCAGAGGAGCUACGUAAUGUGGCAGAAUUGUAAAUGGUGAUUGUUGCAGAGACACGCUCAUUAAUCUGACAUCACUGAGUGAUUUCCAUGAUGAUAGGUGACACUGGCUUGCACUUCGUGAUAGAGCAUCAUGCGACUCAUUUUGCUUGCCAACACAACUGACUCUACCAUUCACAACUGCCGCCAUUGUUGUUUUCAGUUCUGUUGCAUAGCAUCUCAACUAUGGAGUGUUCCUUGAUCAAUAUCCAAACUGUGAUUGGACUGUCAAUUUUUUUCCAGGCUAACUUUUUUUAAAUCAUCUCAAUGUGAGGAAGCCAGACCCUAUUUCAACACAGAUUUGACUGGUGAGAUUGGGUUGAGGCUAUCCAGUUUGCGUGACAAAACCAAAUUUUCUUUGUCUUGGACCUUGGAGAAAAACAAGCAUAUUUGCUUUGGUCCUAUGUCACAAGGUCAUUAUCACAUGAUUUUAAUCAUGAUUGCUCAGAGCCAGAGCAUCUCCUGUGGCCUUUGAAGACAAACUGUAUGCAACGGCCAUCUUACUAAGACUAGGGAACUUUUUAAUCCUUUAACUUGUUUACAAAAGGAUAAGAACAGAAUUUAAUUUAUUAAAAACAGUUAUACUUCUACAAAAAACCCUUCUGUGUUUCAGUCCCCUUGGAGAAAAAGAGGAGGUCCACUUGUCAGACUGGCUCCAUGGCCAUGAUGUGUCUGUAGUGAGCACGUCAUCUGAGCCGUUAUACAGAUAACGUUGUUUUUUUAAAGGGAAUGCUUCUCUAAUGACUUAAAAGACCUAGGUAAUUGUUAGCAUGCAGAAAAGGAGAACGGCUAGAUAUUCUUUGGCCGUCGUCUCGAGCCUGAUCCUCAUCAGACUCAAUGGCAGGCAACCAACUGUACAGAGGAGAUUCUGUCCUGAAAACCAAUUUGACUUGUUAAACCCGAGAGUGACUUUGUGAUAAGGAACUGUCAAUGUAGCUGAGAGAAAAUGUCAGUUUUCUGUCCUACAAUUGAGACAAUCAGGGACAUGACGGGAUCUAAACUGAGGUCAGCUUCCUGCUCGAUAUUUAUGCACUCUGGUCAUGGCUAUUGUUUUUACAAACCCAUAAUCUUGCCCUCAAUUUUACAGUAUACAGCUUGUGUGUCCCCACAGUUGUAUCAGUGGUCAAACAACACAAGUUUAUUGUCCAGACAAGUCAUCUGCUGGGUGUUUAAAAGUGUUUCAAAAGAAUCUCCGGAUCGAAUCCCUGUGUUGCCUCUGGCUUGGUCGGGCGUCCCUACAGACACAAUUGGCCGUCUGCGGGUAGGAAGCCAGAUGUGAGUAUGUGUCCUGGUCGCUGCACUACUGCCUCCUCUGGUCGGUCGGGGCACCUGUUCGGCGGGAGGGGGAACUGGGGGGAAUAGUGUGAUCCUCCCACGCUACGCCCUCCUGGCAAAACUCCUCACUGUCAGGUGAAAAGAAGCAGCUGGCGACUCCACAUGUAUCGGAGGAGGCAUGUGGUAGGUAGUCUGCAGCCCUCUCCAGAUCAGCAGAGGGGGUGGUGCAGCGACCGGGACGGCUCAGAAGAGCAGGGUAAUUGGGUAGUUGGCCCAAUACAAUUGGGUAGAAAAGGGAGGGAAAAUGCAGGAAAAAAAAGUGUUUCAAAAGGAAACAAGGUCAAAACAUCGGAGGGAAAUAAACUCAGCAACAGAUGAAUUGGAGUCAUUCGGCAAACUGUCCCCUGUGGCAUCAUGUACAACCGUCUCUUUGUGUUGAUUUCAUCACAGGAAAAGAACUGGACCGAGUAAAGAUGUCCAAUAUCACUGCAACAUUAUUCUGGUUGUAGAUUGUAUGUACAAUGUUUUUACUUAUGUUUGUACUCCAAAUUUGCCUUUGAUGAUAAUGGAAUAAAGCAAA